AUGCGCUGGAACUGGCUGCCUGGAUUUGAAGCCGUCCGCUGUGCGCCCACCGAGCCACUUCCGCCCACCGUGGAGACCAAGCUGGGCCAGGCGAAAAGUGCUCAGGAGAAGCUGGGAGACUUGGUGAAGCGCUUGAAAGGUGAAGCCGAUCCAGCUCGCCAGAAGGAAUUGGAACUGCAAGAAGUGCUCAAAGCCAAGGAACGUGCUGAGACGCUUCUGAAGGCCUUGAAGGUGGAGAAAGGACUUUUGGAGGAACAGCUGGGCACCGCGCGGACUGAAGCCCGGAUGGCCAAGGAGGAAGCGAUUCAAGCCAAAGAACGGGCUGCGGAAGCGAUGGCAACAGCUCGAAAAGCUGAAGUUCAGAUGCAGACGAUCAAGACGAAGGCGGAAGAGGAGGUGAAAGCCGCAAAGAACGCACCCACCCAAGGAGGCUCCCGUCCACCCUCGUCGCGACAUGUUCGGGAGCCGGUCACCCGUGGUGGAUCUCCAAGGAGCAGCUUGGAGAAGGCCCAAGAAGAGCAAAAAGCUGCCACAGAUGCUGCCAAGAAGGCGGAGGAAGCCAAGCUGAAGGCCGAGCGAAGCGUCGAGGAGCUGAAGCAAAAGGCACUGUCGGACAAGGACGCCACGGCGCAAGGCCUCCAAAAGAAGUUGGACGACGCCUUGCGGGCCAAGGCCGCUGCUGAAGCUUCGGUCAAGGAGAUGCAGUCGUCGCACAGCGAGGCACUGCGGGAGGCAGAAGAGAAGGCCAAGGCACAGCGAGCGGCGGAGGAGGAACGCUCCAAGAAGAAGGACCUGGAGUUGAAGUCCUUGAGAGAGGACCUCGAACAGCUGCGCAAUCAGCUGAAGGACCGCGACAAGCAGCUGAGGGCCGUGACGGAGCAGGUGGCCACCAUCAACAACAGCUGGGCACAACACGUUGAAGCGUUGCAUGAGAAGUAUCAGGCCACGUGA